GAAACAGCAGUAUAGUAAAUGUUUACGUUCAACCAGUUCAUUGAGGUGGUAAUGAUAGAAGUGUGCAUUUUCGGUGUUUUCUCUCCUAAGCUCAGCUGUUACGCAUAGCUGCAGAGUUCAGGAAUGGUUCUUGUGUGUUAGACUUUUUGAAAUCCCUAAAUUUUUUUAAAAAGAUUUAUUUAUUUGAGGCAGGGAAGGGCAGAGAGAAUUUCAAACAGACUUACUGCAGACUCCCCGUUAAGUGUGGUGCCUAAAGCCCGGCUCGAGCCUACCACCCCAAGACCAUGACCUGAGCCAAAAUCAAGGGACAGACACUCAACCCAUUGAGCCACCCAGGCGCGCCAACCCCUAGUUCUUUGUUAACAGUUUUAUUGAGGAAUAAAUAUUGAAGUGCAUAUGUUCGAAGUAUAAACUGAGAGGUUUUGACUUAGAUACCAGUCUACAUAUCUAUAUAGAUACGUGUCAAACCAUUACCACAAUCAAGAUAUUUCCAUCACUCCCAGUUCUUUCAACCACCAAUCUGCUUUCUGUCUGUUGGUAAUAUGUUAAUUUGCACUUCCCUGAUUUUUGACAAAAGCAAAAAGGCAAUUCAGUCGAGAAAGGGUAGUCUUUUCAACAAAUAGUGCUCAACCGGACUGUCCACGGGUAAAAAAUGAACUCUGCAUAUCUUGCACCAUGUACAAAGUUUAACUCAGAGCAGAUCAUAGAUCUAAAUGUAAAAUAAAAACUACAAAACUUAGGACGCCUGAGUGGCUCAGCGGUUGAGCGCCUGCCUUUCUUUGGCUCCGGGGAUGAUCCCAGAUUCCCCGGUUCAAGUCCCGCAUCGGGCUCUUUGCAUGGAGCCUGCUUCUCCCUCUGCCUGUGUUUCUGCCUCUCUCUCUCUCAUGAAUAAAUAAAUCUUUUUUAGAAAAAAAGAAAAAAAAACCUACAAAACUUGUAGAAGAAAUAGGUGAAAGCUUUGGGUGUUGGAUUGAGCAAAAUUUUCUCAGGAAACCAAAAGCUCAGUUAGAAAAGAGCAAAUUGAUAAAUUGGACUUUCAAAAACAACAAUCCCUAAUUUUGAAUAUGUGAAAAUUAGAGAAGGUAGAAAAAUUGGGAGCAUAGGAUUGAACAUAGAGCUUGCCUGUCUUUGUUGAGAUAGUAGGAAGUGGACCAGCUAUUCAGUCAUCCCUGUUCCUCUCCCAAGUCAUGGUCUCAAUUUGGGGUGUGGGGGUCUUACCCUUUUCAGAUUCGUAGCAGCGUGUCAUAGUCUAGCAUUCAGAAAUCUCACAUAUCCUAAGUCCUGAUUUCUCCUUCUAUAAAUUGUGUUCAUCCUUUUGAACUUCAACAGUGUUCCAAGAAUUCACUUAGGACCCAGGCACGAAGGCACCGAGUUUGCUCAGGUCUCUUGCUGCGUUGGGGAGCUAUACCCUUUUCUCUCUUGGCAGAUCCUGAUGUCCUCUAGGUGUUCCAGGACAGCCUCACACUGUCUCAUGGGAUAUUCUUAGCCUUGCUGAGUAUUGUUGGUAUUUUAAUUGAACUCUGGCAAGUUGCUCAGCACAACAGGAGGCAGAUAGAUAGGGAGGCCCCUGUGGGAAUUAUAGUAGACCCAUCAGUCUCCAGGCUGUUCUUAUGCAGGUGAUGUUUUCCCCUUCUGUGUCAUUUGUCUCAUCUUAUUUGUGGAUUUUGCCAGUUGUCUUUCCAUGUCAGUGUCAUUUCUUUUGUCCCUGCCUCAACUUCAUAUUCUUGCCCCAGUCCCCAGUACAGGGCUUUGUGAAGGAUGUCCAUGAAGACUCUGUCACCAUCUUCUUUGAAAACAACUGGCAGAGCGAGAGACAGAUUCCUUUUGGGGAUGUCCGGCUCCCACCUCCAGCUGACUAUAAUAAAGAGAUCACGGAGGGGGACGAGGUGGAGGUUUAUUCUCGAGCCAAUGAGCAGGAACCUUGCGGCUGGUGGCUGGCCCGGGUGCGGAUGAUGAAGGGAGAUUUCUACGUCAUCGAAUACGCUGCCUGUGAUGCCACUUACAAUGAGAUUGUCACCCUGGAACGGCUCCGGCCAGUUAAUCCCAAUCCCCUUGCAACCAAAGGCAGCUUCUUCAAGGUUACCAUGGCUGUGCCUGAGGAUCUGAGAGAGGCCUGCUCCAAUGAAAAUGUCCAUAAAGAGUUCAAGAAAGCGUUGGGAGCGAACUGCAUCUUUCUCAACAUCACAAAUAGUGAGCUCUUCAUUCUGUCAACUACAGAAGCCCCUGUGAAGCGGGCGUCUCUACUGGGUGACAUGCAUUUUCGAAGCCUGCGCACCAAACUCCUGCUCAUGUCCCGCAAUGAGGAGGCUACCAAGCACCUGGAAACAAGUAAGCAGUUGGCGGCGGCCUUCCAGGAGGAGUUCACGGUGCGAGAGGACCUGAUGGGACUGGCAAUUGGGACUCAUGGUGCCAACAUCCAGCAGGCCCGAAAAGUACCUGGGGUUACUGCCAUUGAGUUGGGUGAAGAGACCUGCACUUUCCGCAUCUAUGGGGAGACUCCUGAGGCGUGUCGACAGGCCCGAAGCUACCUUGAGUUUUCUGAGGACUCUGUGCAAGUGCCCAGGAACCUUGUUGGCAAAGUGAUUGGAAAGAACGGGAAAGUGAUUCAGGAGAUUGUGGAUAAAUCUGGUGUGGUGAGGGUUCGAGUAGAAGGUGAUAAUGACAAGAAGAACCCGAGGGAGGAGGGGAUGGUUCCUUUCAUAUUCGUGGGCACCCGGGAGAGUAUUAGCAACGCCCAGGCCCUGCUGGAGUACCAUCUCUCGUACCUGCAGGAGGUGGAGCAGCUUCGCUUGGAGAGGCUGCAGAUUGAUGAGCAGCUUCGGCAGAUUGGGCUGGGCUUUCGCCCUCCUGGGAGCGGGCGGGGCAGCGGUGGCAGUGACAAGGCUGGGUAUACCACGGACGAGAGCUCCUCCUCUUCCCUCCACACCACGCGGACCUAUGGGGGCAGCUACGGGGGCCGGGGCCGGGGCCGGAGGACAGGCGGUCCUGCCUAUGGCCCCAGCUCAGACCCAUCCACAGCUUCUGAGACCGAGUCAGAGAAGAGGGAGGAGCCCAGCCGAGCUGGGCCAGGUGACCGGGAUCCCCCAACACGCGGGGAAGAAAGCCGGAGGCGGCCAAUUGGGGGCCGGGGUAGGGGACCCCCCCCUGCCCCCCGGCCCAGCACAAGAUACAACGCUUCAUCUAUCAGCUCAGUGCUAAAAGAUCCAGACAGUAACCCCUACAGCCUACUGGACACAUCUGAACCGGAGCCCCCAGUUGAUUCUGAGCCUGGGGAACCCCCCCCAGCAAGUGCCAGGCGCCGCCGCUCCCGCCGCCGCCGCACAGAUGAGGACAGGACCGUCAUGGAUGGGGGCCUGGAGUCCGAUGGGCCCAGUAUGACUGAGAAUGGCCUGGAAGAUGAAUCGAGACCCCAGCGUCGGAACCGGAGCCGCCGCCGCCGUAACCGUGGAAACCGGACGGAUGGCUCCAUCAGUGGAGACCGUCAGCCAGUGACCGUGGCCGACUAUAUCUCCCGAGCAGAGUCUCAGAGCCGCCAGCGGCCCCCCCUGGAACGCACUAAACCCUCAGAGGACUCUCUUUCAGAACAGAAGGGUGACUCUGUCAGCAAGCUUCCUAAGGGCCCCUCAGAGAAUGGGGAGCUCUCAGCGCCCCUGGAGUUGGGUAGUUUGGUGAAUGGGGUUUCAUAAACCCUCCAGCCCUCAUCCCUCCCUUCUCCAUCUCGCUUGCUGCCCAACACCAUGGCCCUCACAGGCCCGACUGACCUGCGCUGGAGCUGCUCUUUAUCAAGGGGGUGGGGGGUGGCACAGCAGCUUGGGUCCCCCCUCAGCCUCCAGGAGCUUGUGGAGGGGUGUGUAACAGGGUCAUACCCCCUUCCUCUUGUCCGCCCUACCCCCAGGGUGAGGGGAGCCUCUCUCCUUCCCCAUCAGACUGGAUGUGCCUUUAUCCUCUAAUGCCCCAAUCUCUCUGAACACCCCCGUUCUCCGCCUGCUGGUGCGGGGUGCUCCUUGACCCACCCAGAUUUGACAGUUCAGGGGGGCUCCCCUGCUAUCCCUCCUCCCAUCCUGUACCCCCCAUUUCUGGGGCCUCAUCACUGUGGAAGACGGGGAUAGUAAGGGUCUAAGUGGGUGGGAGGCAUGGGGAAGGUUUUGGAGUAGAACCAGGGGUGUGUGUGAAGGGGGGUGACAAGGUCCCCCGGGGGAGGGGGACCAAACUUGUCUGGUGGAUGAGAAGGCGUAUUUAUUUUUCACUGUACAGUAUUUAAAAAGAGAAUAAAAAAAUCCAAAUGGC